UACCAUAGGUUAUUUGUUUUUGUUUCCAGACAACGGGACUUACGGGUCUCGCUGUAUCUGGAAAUCCUCAUCACACAUUGGGUGCACUCUAUGGAAAAAUCCUUAGAACUGUGCAAAAAAUGCCAGAAACAUCAGUAUAUAGAAAAUAUACCGAGCAAAUCGUAAAGGAAAGGGCUGCCGUACUUACACAGACUAAGGAUGUCUAUGAGAUUGAACAAAAAAUCAAUUGUGGUCAAGCUGAGGAGUUGAUAAUUCAAGCUGAAAAUGAACUUAGUUUGGCCAGGAAAAUGCUGAACUGGAAGCCAUGGGAACCUCUUGUGGCUAAACCCCCUAAGGGCCAGUGGGAUUGGCCCCCAGCAAAAUCAUAAAUAUUUUAUUCACCUAAAUUGAAAUAUUUAAUAAUAAAUUAAAAUUAUACUGUUGAUUAGUAAUAAAAUUCUGAGCUUUAAUUU